AUGAAGUCUGCCUCUCCAUUUCCAGAUCCCCUCGUCUCCGACACCCCGCUGCCCCUGCAUCAGUUGUGCGCCCGCAUCAACGACCGCAUAACCACCUUUCUUGACGCCCAGAAUGUCUCCCAACGCGUAAAGAACGUGCAGCAGCAGACGCAGACGUCGCUGCAAGUACUCGCUGAGGCCUUGGACCGCUAUACUCUCCCUGAGCUCUCUCUAUCCUACAAUGGCGGCAAGGACUGUCUUGUCCUGCUCAUACUCUACCUCUGCGCCAUACACCGCCGCGGCUUGACCAAAUCUCCGGAUACCGCAUCCAGCCCUGAGACCGUCGUGCAGUGCGUAUACAUUCAAGACGCGCAUCCCUUUCCCGAGGUCGAGGAGUUUGUCGCACACAGUAGCAAGAUAUAUUCAUUGUCUCUGUUGGAAUACGCGAAACCCAUGAAAGCCGCUUUUGCCGACUAUUUGCGAGACCAGCCCUCCGUCAAAGCGAUACUCGUCGGAACCCGUCGGACCGACCCUCAUGGCGAACAUUUGAAGCAUUUUGAUCCAACCGAUUCAGGAUGGCCUGCGUUUGUGCGGAUACAUCCGGUCAUAGACUGGCAUUAUGCUGAGAUAUGGACAUUUAUACGGUACCUCAACAUACCGUACUGUUCUCUCUACGAUCUUGGAUACACCUCAUUAGGCGGGACCACCGAUACACACCCGAACCCGAAGCUGGAGCAGGAGUCACCUCCACAACAAGCAAUGGAAGCUGAGAGUGAGAAUGGGACAUCAAAACCCAAGUUUAGACCAGCCUAUGAGCUGAUAGAUGAUUAUGAAGAGCGACUGGGGAGGGAUAAAUAG